AUGUUUGUUCUUGCUCUAUUGAAAUCAUUCAGUCGUACAUAUUCACAAUCGACUGCCGGUCAACCUGUCGAACUGAGAUUCGAUGUGGAUUCAGGUGUGUUUCAUUAUGCUUUUGUACCAACACUGGAGUAUUGUACAAACGUGAACUCAGCAUUGUUAGUUGCAGAGAUUUUUGUUCCAAUGUCCAUUCAUUAUCCAUAUGGAGUGAAAACUCGUUUUAGACCAGAACAAUUAUAUUAUAAAAUUUAUGAAAAUAAUACUAAUUUAAUGUUUGUCUAUGCACCAUGUACGUUGAUCAACAAAAAUAUUGAACAUAUGGAAAUAACGAUCAAACCAAACCAAACACAAGAUGAGCAUUCAGACAACAAUUAUACUCUGAAUAAAAAUAAUAAUGACACCAACAAUUAUGCUCGUUUACCAACUUAUUCGAAAUCUAUAUCAAUAUUGUUAAUUGUGAACUCCGUGAUAUUUUCACAUCUUUCAACAUAUUUUGUCUAA